UGCUUAGCUAAUUGUCUUUAUUAAGUUGUCAAUAGUUUGACAUAAACUGUCAUAAAUGAAGGCCUAUAAAAGGCGGUUGCUGCAGGGAAAAAGUGCCAUAAUCCGCCCAGAACUCUGAUGGAUAAAAGAGCAAAGUAAAUCCCUCUAGUGAUAGCUCUUUAGAUACAAGAUACCAAGAAACAUUGUCAUGUCGGAGGGACCCGUUGAACGCUUCUGCAAGAUCAAUCGCACCAUCCGUUUCUGUGUGGGAAUCUGCGGCAACGAUAUCAUUCCCGAGGACUAUCGCAUGUGGUGGCUCACCUACUUCGUGAUUGGAGCCAUCUUCUUCUUCUUUGGCUGCACGGUAUACACGGUAUAUGUGGGCGUCGUGCUGGAGGGCGAUCUCACCGUAAUACUGCAGGCCUUCGCCAUGGUUGGAUCAGCCGUGCAGGGACUCACCAAGCUGCUGGUCACCAUCAGAAUGGCCGCUGUGGUGCGGCACAUCGAGAGCAGGUACGAGGCCAUCUACAGGGAGUACGGACAGCGGGGCGGCGACUACAGCAGAUGCCUGGAGAGGCGCAUCAAGACCACGUGGCACAUGCUGAUGGCCUUCAUGUGGGUGUACAUCCUGUUGGUGGGCGGCCUGAUCGCCUAUCCGUUCUUCUAUCUGAUUUUCUACAACAAGAAAAUGCUCGUAAUGCAGUUCCGGGUGCCGUUGAUCGAUGAGAGCACGGAUGGGGGCUAUCUGGUGCUCAUUUCGAUGCACGUGAUGCUCCUGGCCUUUGGGGGAUUUGGCAACUUUGGCGGCGACAUGUACCUGUUCCUGUUCAUCGCCAAUGUGCCCGCGCUCAAGGAUAUAUUCAAUGCCAAGCUGAAGGACUUCAAUGCGGUGGCUGUGCAGCGGUCGGACUACCAAAAGAUGCGAAUACUCCUCUGGGAUCUGCUCGCCUGGCAUCAGCAGUAUGUGAGUAUUCUACGUGCCACGGAACGCACCUACAGAAUCGUUUUGUUUGUCCAGCUGUCCACCACUUGCGUGAGCAUUCUCUGCACUAUAUCCUGCAUCUUCAUUGGCGCCUGGCCCGCAGCGCCCAUCUAUCUGGUGUACUCCUUCAUAGUCAUGUACACCUUCUGUGGUCUGGGCACCAUUGUCGAGAAUUCGAACGAGGAUUUCUGCACGGAGAUCUACGCCAACUGUUUGUGGUACGAGCUGCCCGUCAAGGAGCAAAAGUUGAUCAUUUUCAUGUUGGCCAAGUCACAGCACGAGAUCUCCCUCACCGCCGCCGAUGUAAUGCCGCUGUCCAUGAACACGGCCCUGCAGCUGACCAAAGGAAUCUACAGCUUCAGCAUGAUGCUGAUCACGUAUUUGGGCUAUGAGAAAUAAGAGAGAUUCAAGGGCGGGGUUUAGUGGAGAUUAUUUA